CGACUCGGCUCGUCUACGCAGAGGCGCACUAAUAACGCCGGCGCAUUUUAAAAGCCCUCCUCUCCUCUGUCUCGGCCGGCCUCCUUCAACUGCCCGCCUGCGCAUCCAUCUCCAGUUCACGAACCCUAACUCUACAUCGAGAUCUACUCGCUUUGAUUCCCCAACUGGAUCUGAAUCGCGAUUCCUGAUCCCGUCGUGGGUGGUCGAGAUCCAGUCGUCACAAUGCAGGGCCACGGGACCGCAGCCGCCCGCCCGGAGGCGAUCCUGGAGUGGCUCCUCAAGGAGAUGGGCUACCCUUCGACGCCGCCCUCCCCGGAGCAGCUGCGCAAGAUCUGCCGCGGGAACAUGGUGCCCGUGUGGAGCUUCCUCCUGCAGAGGGUCCGGUCCGAGCACACCGUGGCGACGGUGCGGAGGAACAUGUUGGUACACGGCGUGGCUCCAGCGGUGGGGACCGCGGAGGUGGGCAGGGGGAGGCGGAGGGAGAGGGAGGAGGGCUCCUCCGCGGAGGCCCGGGAGGUCGCUAUCCGGGAGAGAGAUCUGGCGCAGGAGGAGGCUGAGAGAUUAAGGAACGUGGUGCGGCGGCAGAGGAAGGAGUUGAAGGCUCGGAUGGCCGAGGUCGCCCGGGAGGAAUCUGAGCGAAAGAAGAUGCUUGAUGAGAGAUCGAAUGCAAGGCACAAACAGGUGAUCUUGGAAGCAUAUGACCAGCAAUGUGAUGAGGCAGCAAAGAUAUUUGCAGAGUAUCAAAGGAGGCUUCAUCACUAUAUUGAUCAAGCAAGGGAUGUCCGUAGGUUGAUUACAAGCGGUAACAAUGAUGUUACUGAUGAACUUCGUACUCCUGGUGAGAAAGAAGUUUAUUCAACUGUCAAAGGCAUCCGAUCCUUGGAAGAUAUUGUGCUUGUAGAAACGUCAAGAGAGAGAGAUACUCGGAAAGCUAGUGAAGUUCUUGCUUCUCACUUGAUUGAAAAGAUAAGGAGAACUUUUCCUGCAUAUGAAGGGAUGGGUGUCAACCUCAACUCCCAGAUAGAUGCUGCCAAACUAGGAAUUGAGUUUGAUGGAGAAAUACCUGAAGAUGCUAAAGCAAUUGUGAGGGAUAAACUUAAAAAUCCUUCCCUUUUACUUAAGUCAAUCACUUCAUGUGCUAUGAGGGAUAGCACACUCAUUCACAAGGAAACUGAAAAGAUUGAUAUCAGGGCCGAUGCAGAACUCUUAAGAUACAAGUAUGAAAAUGACAUGGUACUAGAUGCUGCUUCUCCUGAUUCAAGCUCACCCUUACCUUACCAAGUGUAUGGUAAUAGUAAGGUUGGAACAGAGAUACCUACAAAAGCAACAUAUGAUCAGCUUCUUGAAAGACAGAAAGCACAUGUCCAACAAUUUGUAGCCACUGAAGAUGCAUUGAACAAAGCUGCAGAAGCUAAGGCCUUAUGUCAAAAGCUUUUAGAACGUUUACAUGGAAGCAAUGAUAUGGUUGCUUUACAGACACUUCCUGCUGGAGGCACUACUCAAAACCUUGGAGCUAUCCAUAAUUUUGAGUUGGAGGUCUUAGGCAGGGAAAGAGAAGUUGCUGGACUCAGAGCAAGUUUAGGUACACUGACAUCUGAGGUGCAACGUUUAAACAAUUUGUGUGCAGAGUGGAAAGAAGCUGAAGAUUUGUUGAAGAAGAAGUGGAAAAAAAUAGAAGGAUUUGAUGCUCGUAGAUCAGAAUUGGAGAAUGUUUAUACUGCUCUUGUCAAGGCCAACAUGGAGGCAGCGACAUUCUGGGAACAACAACCAUUGGCUGCCCGAGACCAUGCAGCAAAGACUAUUCUUCCAACAUGUACAGCUGUGGUGAACAUUUCAAACAAUUCGAAGGAUCUCAUAGAGAGAGAAUUGUCUUCCUUUUAUCAAAGUUUAGACAAUAGUAUAUACAUGCUUCCUGCAACCCCACAGGAGCUUGUGGAGUCUAUUGGUGUCCCUGGUGCCACAGGACCUGAAGCAUUUGCAGCUGCUGAGAAAAAUGCUGCAAUAUUAACAACAAGAGCUGGUGCUAGAGAUCCAUCUGCCAUCCCAUCUAUAUGCCGCAUAUCUGCUGCUCUCCAAUUUCGUUCCGGUGUUGAAGGUGCAGAUGCUGGCUUAGCAUCUGUCUUAGAGUCAUUGGAAUUUUGUUUAAAGCUUAGGGGUUCUGAGGCUAACAUCUUGGAGGAUUUAUCCAAGGCAAUUAAUCUUGUACAUACGAGACGGAACCUUGUUGAGAAUGACUGCAUUUUACUGAACCAUGCACACCGGAUGCAACAAGAUUAUGAAAGGGUUGCCAGUUAUUGUUUGAAGUUAGCUGGUGAACAAGAAAAAAUAGUUGCAGACAGAUGGCUGCCUGAACUUCGUAAGGCUGUCUUGGAUGCGCAAAGAUGCUUGGAGAAUUGCCAACGUGUUAGAUGCUUGGUUGAUGAAUGGUGGGAGCAGCCAGCCGCAACUGCCGUUGACUGGGUUACCGUUGACGGCCUCAAUGUCGGUGCUUGGCUCAACUGGGUGAAACAACUCCAGAUGGCGUUCUACGACCAGAAGCUGUUGUGAUGUUACCCUGCUGACUCCCUCAAAUUCUCAGGCAGCUGCUCCACGCAUUCCUCUCGGAACUCUUCUUUGUGUAAGACUGUCGUUGUAUGUGCUGUUUGGUAUGCGUUCAGCUCAUCAUUGCAAGCUGUGGUUUUGCUAAUUGAUGUUGAUAUUGCCCAGCCCAAAUGCCUAAUGCGCACACUCUUUGUAACUCCAGGUUUUAGUUAGCUCAAAAUGAGUGGGUUAUAAUGAACUGAUACCCCUUGUAAUUAAAGGUUAUAUAAAACUAUCGCUCUGAUUUUGUUGAGAGAACCAAGCUGAGUCAAGUUUUAUGUUAUUCAAACUUAUUUAAUAAGGUAAUCAAGUUGAGCUAAGUUAAAUUUAAAAUGAA